AUGAUGUACGUGGAUGCAGGAAAUGACAUAGACUUUCGGCAUAAUUGGUUAAGGCUCAAGCGAUCCUCGCCUAUUCAAGCGCAGCCAGAAUUCGACGGCUUAAGGAACGGAAAAUACGUGAUUCCAGGGUCUGGCAAAGUCUAUGUUUGUCAGAGAAACGACAUGCUCGACUGGGGAUUUCAAACGCAACUAGCUGGGGCUGAGGGUAAGAGAAGCACGAUUGAAGAUGUGACCCAUGAUGCAUAA